CUUUUUCUUGGCGCGGCGUCUUCCGUGGUACUUUCAGUCUCUUAACUCCGGCGACGCUGGAGGGAGCUCAAGCGGGAGAAGGAAAGAGCCCGGCCAGGUUGGCGAUGCGGGCUCGGGCGUCGCUUGCUGCCCUCGGAGCUCCUCUCCGCAGCGGCGGCUGCAGCAGCGCCACUCCGUCCGAGCCGAGGUGCGCAGCUCUCCGACCUUCGCCCGGCUCGGGCUGUUGCUGAGACCGCGCGUUUUCCUCGCCCGGACCUCGCCCGCCGACGCCACCGUCACCUUCACCUCCGACGGCUCCAAGAGGAUGUGGCUCCUCGCCGUGACGACAACUUUCUGGGGAUUGUUGCUGGCGCCAGGAUUUGCUUUGCAAAUACAGUGUUAUCAGUGUGAGGAAUUUCAGCUAAAUAAUGACUGCUCUGCCCCGGAGUUCAUUGUGAAUUGUACUGUGAAUGUCCAAGACAUGUGUCAGAAGGAAGUGAUGGAAAAAAGUUCAGAGAGAAAACAAGGAACCAUGGCAACUCUCACAGAGGAAAGGAAUCUAAUUCAGAAAUCCAUAGGAGGGUUGAUGGACAGCUGUGAAGAACAUCUCUCCAUUUGGCAUGAUAGUAGAAACCCAGAUAACCGUUGCUGUCAGAAGAGAUGAGUAAUAACUAAUAUCCCUGAGUUAAAACCCUAGCUGCAAAAGAUAUUCCCAUGCAUCAUAAAUCUCAUUCAGUAAAUUUUAAACCAUGUGAACAUCCUGAAUAAGCCCCAGCUUCCAUUGAUACUGAUUUCUUGAAGAUAUUUCAAAUGACUGCAGCAGAAAACACUAUACACAGCAUGAUAACAAUAGUACUUAGAUUUAUAUACCACUUCAUAGUACUUUACAGUCCUCUCUAAGCAGUUUACAGAGUCAGCAUAUUGCCCCCAACAAUCUGGGUCCUUGUUUUACCAACAUCAAUCCCCCAUAACUUUAACCUUAGACUGUCUACUGUUGAUCUCACCCCAUUCCUAAGAGGUCUGUAAGGGGCGUGCAUAAGCGCACCAACAUGCAUACCAUCCCUGUCCUACUGUUCCCAUUUAUUCGUAUCCUUAUCCUGUAUUCAUAAUCAUGUUUAUACUUAUAUCUGUUAUCUUAUAUGUAUUUGACAAAUAAUAAUAAAUAAAUAAAAUGGAAGGCUGAGUCAACCUUGAGCUGGUGAGUCUCAAACUGCCAAACUGCUGGCAGUCAGCAGUCAGCAGAAGUAGCCUGCAGUACUGCAUUCUAACCACUGUGCCAUCACAAUAUGAUGUCCAUGCAAUUGAGGGUACAAACAAAGGUUCCAUUCACCUUUAAGCAUUUCCACCUAAUGUACAAAAGUGUCCAAGAAGCUGUCACUUAGCAUGUGCAACAGGGACAACCACAUUUACAAAAUUCAGAUUCAAAGCAGAAUUUUGAAGUAGAAUUUCCCACCCCCAUUCUAUGCGAGAGCAUGAAGACUUCUAAAUGUAGCACAGCAUAGGGACAUUUAAUCAAUCGAUCGAAAUAGAGCUGAUUGGACCUUAGAGGUCUUCUACUCCAAUCUCCUGCUCACGCAGGGGACCCUAUACCAUCUCAGACAGGUGGCUGUCAGUCUUUUUUUUAAAAUCUCCAGUGAUGAAACACCCACAACUUCUGAAGGCAAACUGUGCCCCUGGUUAAUUGUUCUCACUGUUAGGAAGUUUCUCCUUAAUUCUCCUUAAUUCUGCUUAAUCUCUUUGAUUAGUUUCCAUCCAUUGUUUCUUGUCUUGCCUUUUGCUGAUUUGGAAAAUAAAUUGACCUUUCUCUUUUUUGUGUCAGCUCCUCAAAUACUGGAAUACUGGUAUAAUGUUACCCGCUAGUCCUUUUUUUCCCUCUAGACUGGCCAUACCCAGUUCUUGAAACUCUUCUUCAUAUGUUUGUGUCUCCAACCCUUUAAUAAUCUUAGUUGCUCUUUGCACUUUUUCCAAAGUCUCAACAUCUUUUUUGUAAUGUGGUGACCAAAACUAGAUGCAGUAUUCCAGGUGUGGUCUUACUAAGAAUUUAUAAAGCGAUACUAAUAUCUCACAUGAUUUUGAUUCUAUGCCUCUGUUUAUACAACCAAAUUUAUACAACAAAUGUAUGACAACUCCUGAGCACCUAAAGGGGUCACCUGUGAAAUGCAAUGUUUAGAAUUACUUCAGUGGCCAUUGACUGUUUUCUAGACCCAACUUAGAUAUCAUCAUUGUUGAUAGAUAAAUAUAUGACAACAAAUGAAGCUGAUUACGUUGAAUGCGCUAUAUUCAAAUGAAUUCAUCGCACUAAUACAUAGUACAUUGCCUUUUAAUAACUCCCCCAUCAAGCAAUUAAAGCUAUUUAUAAGUGAGCAGAAUUAAUUUAGGAAUUAUGAAAUUAAGGCUAAUAGACUCAAUUAUCGCCAACAUACAGGACAGUGCCUAUGGCAAUCUUUGUCCCCAUGCUUUAGUUGAAAGUUUAGCAUAAUAAUGAACUCCACUGCUCAUUGCUAUUAGCGCCGUAAAUCCUUGGAUUAUAUUUUACUGCCCCUUUGUGAACCAGUUGAAUUGUCAUAGGAGAAGUCAGAGUUUUUUGUCUCAUUACUCUGGCUCAUGUUUAUUGCAAACGAGCUGCAGACCAAAGAAAAAUUGGUCUGGAAAAAGCCACUUCUAUCAAGAUUAUUACAGUGGCAAUAAAGACUGGUGGCCGCUAAGUUAGAGACUUGCAACCCCUGUCUUCUAUGAAUUAAGGAUAUUACGCCAACAUAAAAAUGAGACUGGGAGCUUGUAACUGGAGAGAUCAGUUCUGAAGAACCAGAGCUCUUGUUUUAACAUUUGGAAUGGGAAGGGCAAAUAGAGGCUACAUAAUACACUUAUAAAGCAGCCAUGCUCACCCAUUACUAAACAGCCUUAGCUCUACUUUAGAAUAUGAGAGGAAACUGCAUACAUUCAAAUUAUGCUGAAUCGGGCGCCAAAUAUCCAGGAAUAUUAAAUUAACAGCUGAGUUUUUAAUUUUAAAAAAUAAGGCAUGGGACGCUAUGUUUAUUCCAUCACUGAUUUUGAUGCAAGUCAUACACUAUGACAACAUGCUAUUGUCACCCAUGUUUUGUCAUCUACCCUUCCUUGCCUUGUGUGUUCAGCAGUCCCUGAGAAAAUAAUGAGCAUUAUUGGAAAAUUACAGGAUGUAAUGUGCAUCCAACACACUGCCUGUCAAUCUUAAAUUCUGAUCACAGCAAGCACACGUAUCAGUCAAUUCAGUUAUAUAGCUAUAUGUUUAUUUACUAAAUAUGAGAAAUCAUCAACGACAGUUAACAGGCAAAAGAGAAUACAGAUAGUCCUCGACUUAGGACCACAAUUGAGCCCAAAAUUUAUGUCGUUAAGUGAGAAAUUUGUUAAAUGCGCUUUGCCCCAUUUUACAACUUUUCUUGCCACAUUUGUUAAGUGAAUCACUCCAGUUGUUAACUUAGUAACUUGGUUGUUAAGUGAAUCUGGUUUCCUCAUGGACUUUGCUUGUCAGAAGGUCACAAAAGAGGAUCACAUGACCCCGGGACACUGCAACUGUCAUAAAAAUGAACCAGUUGUCAAGCAUCUGAAUGUUGCCUGGGGAUGUUGCAAUGGUCAUAAAUGUGAAAAAUCGUCGUAAGUCACUUUUUUCAGUGACAUUGUAAUUUUGAACAGUCACUAAGUGAACUGUUGUAAGUCGAGGAUUACCUGUAAAAGGCAAGUAGAAGCAAUGGGGGAGAGGGAGAAACAUGAACAGGCAAAAACAAUAAAUAUAAUAAUAUGACUAGAAGAACCUUAUGUCUUUUUUUGAGCAGUCGUUAAACAAAUGCCAUGGUUCUUAAGAAAACUCAAUCGUUUGAAUAAGUGCUUUUUGCCAGAAACUUGAAAAAAACAUUGUAAAUCACGGUCACGUGACCAUGAAACACUGCAGCCAGUCAUAAAGCUCCAUAUGGGUCCUAAAGCACCCAUUCUAUGGCCAUCAUAACGGUUGAAAAAUGACAAGGCAUUAAGUGAGGACUACCUGCUCCUUGAG